UCUCAAACUUAAAACUCACCCAGCCUCUUUUCGCUUCCAAGAUGUGAAAACAGGGGAACAAAGAAGUGCACACGGCAGCGAGUAGAAAAAAAAAGCGCGUGACAUGAAUAAUGAUGGGGUGAUUGGCACGUGACAUGGCAAAAUACACUGAAAAAGGGAAAGAGCACCAGUGAGUGAGUCUACUACCAACCAUUCGAUAUCAUCAUCUUCCCUGCCUGGCGUGACCAUAAACCCUAAAACUUGUCCGAUGGCUGCGGCGGCGGCGUCAUUGAUCGGAACCACCCUGGUCAAAGAUAAUAAGAACACCUGCUAUUCAUCCACUUAUUCGCUUCUCUUGAACAAACGCAUACAUCCAUUCUCCCUUUCCACUUCUCCUCCCCCCAUCAGAGCUCUUUCAACGGAAACUUCUGUUGAGACUACUAAGAGAAGUAAGGUUGAGAUAUUCAAGGAACAAAGCAACUACAUACGGUACCCUCUUAAUGAGGAGCUGUUAACCGAUGCACCUAAUAUUAACGAGGCUGCUACCCAACUGAUAAAGUUCCAUGGAAGCUAUCAACAAUACGACAGAGACGAGAGAGGUGGUAGGUCAUACUCCUUUAUGCUUCGUACAAAGAACCCGUCUGGAAAAGUUUCCAACCAGCUUUACCUCGCAAUGGAUGAUCUCGCUGAUCAGUUUGGAAUCGGAACUCUUCGUUUGACAACACGCCAAACGUUUCAGCUCCAUGGAGUCAUCAAGAAGGACCUUAAGACCGUCAUGAGCACCAUUAUCCGAAACAUGGGUUCCACACUCGGUGCUUGUGGUGAUCUCAACAGAAAUGUUCUUGCUCCUGCUGCUCCAUUCGUCAGGAAAGAUUACGUUUUCGCACAGCAAACAGCUGACAACAUUGCUGCACUGUUAACACCGCAGUCCGGAUUUUAUUAUGACAUGUGGGUGGACGGGGAGCAGUUUAUGACCGCUGAACCUCCUGAAGUUGUGAAAGCUCGCAAUGAUAAUACUCACGGGACGAAUUUUCCCGACUCAGCUGAGCCUAUAUAUGGAACGCAAUUCUUGCCAAGGAAAUUUAAAAUUGCGGUUACUGUGCCAACUGAUAACUCGGUUGAUCUUUUUACCAACGACAUUGGUGUUGUGGUUGUUUCUGACGAUAACGGGGAACCUCAAGGUUUCAAUAUAUACGUUGGUGGUGGCAUGGGAAGAACACAUAGGAUGGAAACCACUUUUCCUCGUUUGGCAGAACCCAUAGGCUACGUCCCUAAGGAGGAUAUUUUGUAUGCAGUGAAGGCUAUUGUUGUUACGCAGCGAGAAAAUGGCAGAAGAGAUGACCGAAGGUACAGUAGACUGAAAUACUUGUUAGAUUCAUGGGGGAUUGAAAAGUUUAGGUCUGUUACUGAACAAUACUAUGGAAAGAAGUUUGAACCUACACGGGAGUUGCCUGAAUGGGAAUUUAAGAGCCAUCUCGGAUGGCAUGAGACGGGUGAUGGUCUUUUGUUUUGUGGGCUUCAUGUUGAUAGCGGGCGGGUUAAAGGGAUAACAAAGAAGACACUACGGGAAAUAAUUGAGAAGUAUAACUUGAAUGUGCGCAUCACCCCAAACCAAAACAUCGUCCUUUGUGAUAUCCGACGUUCUUGGAAACGCCCGAUCACUGUUGCUCUCGCACAAGGUGGUCUGUUGCCCCCUACCUAUGUGGACCCCCUUAACAUAACUGCAAUGGCAUGCCCUGCCCUACCUCUCUGCUCUCUUGCCAUAACCGAAGCGGAGCGAGGAAUUCCUGAUCUCCUUAAGCGUGUGCGAGGUGUAUUUGAGAAGGUUGGUCUCUCGUAUAACGAAUCCAUAGUUAUAAGAGUUACCGGUUGCCCUAACGGAUGUGCUCGACCCUACAUGGCUGAACUUGGAUUAGUUGGUGAUGGUCCUAAUAGCUAUCAGAUCUGGCUUGGGGGAACGCCGGCUCAAACUUCAUUAGCAAGAACUUUCAAGAACAAGGUUAAGAUUCAGGACCUUGAGAAGGUUUUCGAACCUUUGUUCUACCACUGGAGACUAAACAGGAAAGCAAAAGAAUCAUUUGGUGACUUCACAAAUCGCAUGGGAUUUGAGAAACUUGAGGAAAUAGUUGACAAGUGGACGGGCAUACCAAAAUCGUCAUCCCGACACUACUUGAGGAUUUUUACGGACAAGGAAACAUAUGAAGCUGUAGAAGCACUUGCAAAGGUUGAGAAUAAGAAUGCUCAUCAACUGGCAAUGGAGGUCAUCCGUAACUUCGUUGCUUCCCAGCAAAAUGGCAAAAGCCAGUAAAAGCAACUGGAAUUUGCGACAGUUUAGAUUUUUUCCACGUGUUUUUUCUUUAUGUGAGCAUUUUGAUUUUGACAUCCCAAGUGGUUUUUUAUCGGUUUAUAUAGUUACCGAUAGUAUGAAUUAUGAACGCUAUUGAAGUUGUUAGAAGAGUGAUUGUAUAUUGGACCGAGUGUUGGUAAGGAAAGUUGGUGUUACGCCCGGACUCGUGGCAUGACUGAGACUUGGGUUAACAUGCCUGCCUCUCUUAGAUUC